AUGCGCUCCGACGGCAGCGGCAGCACUGGAGCUGCCAGUACAACCGCCGAUCAGGCUCAAAGCUUUCAUCUAAACAAUGCUGCUCCGCCCGCUCCACACGUGCCCGUCACCGAUGCGUUGCCGAAAUCCGAUUUCACCACUCGCCUCGAGAUUUUCGCGACCAAGAUUCCGAACUGGUACAUCGCUCCAUUUUGUGGAGCUAGCGCAGGCGUUGCUUCUGGCAUCGUGACCUGCCCCCUCGAUGUCAUCAAGACCAAGCUGCAGGCCCAAGGUGGCUUUGCCCGACGAGGAGGACCAGCCAUGGAGACAAAGGCCCUAUACCGGGGAAUGCUGGGUACGGGCAAGAUGAUCUUCCGCGAGGAUGGUAUUCGCGGACUGUAUCAGGGACUCGGCCCUAUGGUGCUGGGAUAUCUCCCCACUUGGGCAGUUUACCUGGCAGUGUAUGACCGCACACGAGAAUAUUUCUAUGAACAUACCGACAACUGGUGGCUAUCCCGCGGCUAUGCUUCUGUCACCGCCGGAGCCUGCUCGACGAUUGUCACCAACCCUAUCUGGGUCAUCAAGACAAGGCUCAUGUCGCAGAGUCUCAAACAGAACAGCGAAGGAGUCCGAGCCCCCUGGCAAUACUCUAGCACAUGGGAUGCUGCCCGCAAAAUGUAUCAGAUUGAGGGCAUUCGUUCAUUCUACUCCGGCCUCACACCCGCUCUUCUGGGGCUGACUCAUGUCGCCAUCCAAUUUCCUCUCUACGAAUAUCUAAAGAUGGCACUUACUGGAUACGGUAUCGGAGAGCAUCCCGACACGGGCAGCUCUCACUGGGUCGGAAUUUCCGUUGCCACGUUUCUGAGCAAGAUUUGUGCAAGCACCAUCACCUACCCCCAUGAAGUACUACGGACGCGGCUGCAAACACAGCAGCGCACAGCACCCGCACAAUCGCCAGAAGAAAUUUCUUUCAGGGGCGGCUUGAACCACCCUCAUGACCGUGGCCGGCCACCCAUGGUCUCAUCGUCUGACGGCAUGCCCAAUCGCCCUCGGUACCGUGGAAUCAUCCGCACAUGCCAGACUAUCCUCCACGAAGAGGGCUGGCGUGCAUUCUAUUCCGGGAUCGGCACAAACCUGUUCCGGGCCGUCCCGGCUGCCAUGACGACUAUGCUUACUUAUGAGUACCUCCGCAAGCUUAUUCACGGCUACCAGCACGAAGGACAGCUGAAGCUCAAAAGGGCGGAGGCUCAAGCCGCAGGCGAGCCGAUAUGA